GAAAAGAAAAUAAGUGUUGCAGAAGCAGGAUGAAGCUAACAUGGAACAGGAAGAAGAACAACAAGAAGCGCUCCAUAGAAGCUAUCGCAAGCUACCCAAACCUUCCCUUUGAUCGACAACAACCCUCCGCUGAUAAUACGCAGUUCCAGAAUCAAGAACCCGCUCCUUCUCAAAAUCAGGAGAAAUCCUCUGCUGAUGCGUUGGAUUCUGACUUUAAACAACUUGCCCAAUCUUUCCAAGCCCAAGGCAACAAGCUUGCUGAGGAUGGGAAAUACCGGGAAGCACUUGGGAAGUGGGAGGCGGCUCUUAAUUUGAUGCCUAGAAAUGCAGUUUUGUUUGAACAGAAGGCACAAGUUCUACUUGAACUUGGGGAUGCAUGGAGUGCAUUGAAGGCAGCAUCUUGGGCAACUGAAUUGGAACCAUCAUGGGCUGAGGCAUGGGUCACUCUUGGUAGAGCACAAUUAAACUUUGGAGAGCCUGAUAAUGCCAUUGAGAGUUUUGACAGAGCAUUAGCUAUCAAGCCUGAUUCUGUGGAGGCACAAAAUGACAAGAAAACUGCAUUACAUCUUAUAAAGAGAAGAAAGCAGCUUCAUUCAUCAGGCCUGAGUACCGAUAAAAAUCGUUAUAUGGUAGGUGAUAGCACCGAAUCUUCCUGAUUUUAGACGAAGUGCAUUUGUUACUCACAGGAGGAUUGAUGUUAAGAGUUACCGGAUAUAACACCAAGAUGGAGUCAU